GGCGGGGCCGGGGUCGGGAUGUCCUCAGAGCGGGUUGCUGCGGACUGAGGGAGCCAUCACAAACGCCGCGCCAUGGGCAGAGCUAUGGGGUUAGUGGGGCUGCUCGUAGGGCUCUUCCUCGUUCCUGCCGUGCUGGUGAGCACCAGCCUUCGCCCUGGCGCCCCGCAGACUGACUCCAAGCUGGCGCCGGAGCUGGCCGAGUGGGAGCUGGCCUCGGGCUCUGUCUCCGAGGGCUCCCUGUGGCCCCUGCCGCAGUGGUUCCGCACGUCCGGCCGGCAGCUGCAGCUGGCACCCGGCCGCUUCCAGCUGGUGCACGGCGCCAGCUCCUCGGCAGGGCCGACCUGCGAUCUGCUGCAGGACGCCUUCCGCAGGUACUACGAUUACAUCUUCGAGCAGUCCCGCCGGCGGAAGCGGGGCCUCAGUCCGCCCGGCUUCCGAGAGGAGCCCGAACUGUCCCAGCUGGAGGUGGUGAUCGAGUCCCAGGACCCCGGCUGUCAGAGUUACCCGCACCUCGGUUCCAGCGAGGCCUAUCAUUUAACUGUAGCUGAGCCUGUGGCUGUACUGAAAGCAGAUGAGGUAUGGGGUGCAUUGAGAGGUUUGGAAACCUUCAGCCAGUUGGUUCAUGAAGAUGACUAUGGAAGCUUUCUUGUCAACGAAUCUGAAAUCGUCGACUUCCCAAGAUUUGCUCAUAGAGGAAUCUUACUAGACACUUCAAGGCAUUAUUUGCCAUUGAAAUCUAUUCUUACAAACCUGGAUGCCAUGGCUUUUAACAAGUUCAAUGUUCUUCACUGGCACAUAGUAGAUGAUCAGUCAUUCCCUUACCAAAGUGUUGUUUUCCCUGAGUUAAGUGACAAGGGAGCGUACUCCUAUAACCUCAUCUAUACUCCCAGCGAUGUCCGUCUGGUGAUUGAGUAUGCUCGACUAAGAGGCAUUAGAGUUAUCCCGGAGUUUGAUACCCCUGGACACACGCAGUCAUGGGGAAAAGGUCAAAAAGAUCUUCUCACUCCUUGUUACAAUGGACAAAAGCCAUCUGGAUCCUUUGGACCUGUAAAUCCCAUUUUGAAUACAACUUAUGACUUCAUGACUAAAUUCUUCAGAGAGAUCAGCAGUGUAUUUCCAGAUACAUACAUUCAUUUGGGAGGAGAUGAAGUGAACUUCGAUUGUUGGAAAUCUAACCCUGAAGUGAAAGAGUUCAUGUGGAACAAAGGAUUUGGCAUUGACUAUGCUAAACUGGAAUCUUACUAUAUUCAAAAGAUCUUGGACAUUGUUUCCUCCUAUAACAAAAGAUCGCUGGUCUGGCAAGAAGUAUUUGAUAACAAAGCACAGCUGAAACCAGACACUGUAGUUGAAGUGUGGAUAGGAAACAACUAUCCUUAUGAACUAAGCCAUGUCACUGGAGCUGGGUUCACUGCUAUCCUCGCAGCUCCCUGGUACUUAGACUACAUUAGUUAUGGGCAAGACUGGAAGAAGUACUACAGUGUUGAACCACUUAACUUCCUUGGAUCUGAAAAGCAGAAAAAGCUUGUACUAGGUGGAGAAGCCUGCCUGUGGGGGGAAUAUGUGGAUGCAACUAACCUCACACCAAGAUUAUGGCCUCGAGCAAGUGCUGUAGGGGAAAGACUGUGGAGCAGCAGGAAUGUGACAGACCUGCAGGAUGCCUAUGAAAGACUGACUAACCAUCGGUGCCGCAUGCUCCGCCGUGGCAUAGCAGCUGAGCCUGUCUUUGUUGGAUACUGCCCCCAUGAAGCAAAAGGGCAGUGACUGCUGCAAAGACUUCCGCUCAACAACCUGAAGUGCCUGGGGGAUAUGACGUGAUGUAUGUGCAGUUCAAUCUUUGAACCAAGACUUACGUUUUUCACUUUUAAAAUAAAAGUUAUUUGACAUUCUUGCUGGACUGAAAACAAUGUUUCUUAGCUUUCAUUAGAAACAGGUAUCCUUCACUGUGAAAUCCUGAAACCCUAGAAC